AGAUCCCCAUAUCUUCCUGGGCCUGGCCCCACUCCCUCCUCUAUGGGGCCAGGCUGGGAAACCACUACCCCCCAGCAGGCCCUGGCAGCGGCUGCCCCCUGGGAUGCCCCCUUGGCUCUGUUCCCCCGGCCCCCCACACUGGCUGCCUCCCUGCUGCUGGCGCUCGCUCUCCUGGCCCCACUGGCCCGGGGCUGCGUUCAGUGCCGAGUGGGGCAUCGGGACAUCCCGACCCGUUUCGCCCGGCUCUGUGCCCGCUACCACCAGAUUCACGCCCGCCCGGGCUGCCCCAGCCGCCCCUGGGACCCAGAGUCCUUCAAGGAGUUCGCCCUGGAUGAGCAAGCCAUGAAUGCAGUGACUGAGAAAACCCACCGAGUCUUACGUCUCAUUGAGAUCAACCAGACCCUCUCGGACCUGCCCAAGUUCUGGGACUGGCUGCGGGAAGUGAAGCUACUGGAAUACACCAAGGAGGUUCUGUGCCCACCAGCUUGCCAGGGCUCGGCCUUGGCCAUCAAUUGCUCCAGCUGCAAGAAAGGGAAGGUCCCCUGCUGGGCCCUGAAAAAAUGUUACCCCGGACACAGGGAUCUCCGGGACUCCAUGCUGCUGCUGAGUGUCCUGUCUGCCUCCAGUCUGCUCGUGGGGGUCAUCACCUGCGCCCUGCAGUUCCGGUUCUACCCGCUGCCCGAGUGA